AUGGCCCCCGCGGCCACGUUUCAGAGGUUUCUCCACAAGCGGCGGCUGGGAGAUGGUCGGGAAGAGCCUGGAUUUGGCAGAAACUCCAAAGUCUUCCUCAUCUACAACGUGGGCGUGCAGGGGUGCCUGGAGACGAAGGACUCGCUGGUGAGACUUUCCAAGGGCUGCAACGCCAGCGCCCCGGCCCAGCAGUGGAAAUGGGUCUCGCGAAAUCGCCUCUUCAAUGUGGGGGCCAUGCAGUGCCUGGGGGUGUCGUGGCACGGGGCCAACGCCACGGCGGGGCUGCACCCCUUGGCCACCUACGAGUGCGACCGCGAGUCCGUCAACAUGCGCUGGAGCUGCCGUGGCCUCGGGGAGCAGCUCUCGCAGCAUCUCGGCACCCGCCCGGGCAAUUCCUCCCUGGACAGGGGGGACCAGGCGCGUGGCUCGCAGUGGAGGACGUAUGGCACUGAGGAGGAUCUGUGCUCCGUGCCGUACUCAGAGAUUUACACCAUCCAGGGCAACUCGCACGGGAAGCCGUGCACCAUCCCCUUCAAGUACGACAACCAGUGGUUUCAUGAGUGCACCAGCACGGGGCGGGAGGACGGCCAUCUCUGGUGUGCCACCACCCAGGACUACGGCAAGGACGAGCGAUGGGGCUUCUGCCCCAUAAAGAGCAACGACUGCGAGACCUUUUGGGACAAGGACCACCUCACCAACAGCUGCUACCAGUUCAACUUCCAGUCGACGCUGUCGUGGCGGGAGGCCUGGAAUAGCUGUGAGCAGCAAGGGGCCAACCUGCUCAGCAUCACAGAGAUCCACGAGCAGACCUAUAUCAAUGGGCUGCUGACAGGGUACAGCUCCACGCUCUGGAUUGGGCUCAACGACCUGGACAUCAACGGAGGCUGGCAGUGGUCAGACAACUCGCCCCUCAAGUACCUCAACUGGGAGAGCGACCAGCCCGACAACCCCAGCGAGGAGAACUGCGGGGUGAUCCGCACCGAGUCAUCUGGGGGGUGGCAGAACCGUGACUGCGGCAUUGCCCUCCCCUACGUCUGCAAGAAGAAGCCCAAUGCCACCGCUGAUCCCUUCCUGACGGACUCGUGGUCGGAGGUGAAGGUGGACUGCGAGCCCAGCUGGCAGCCCUUCCAGUCCAACUGCUACCGUCUGGUGGGAGAGAAGAAGAGCUGGCAGGAGGCGAAGAAGACCUGCCUGCGGAGCGGGGGGGACCUGGUCAGCAUCCACACCCUCUCCGAGCUGGAGUUCGUCACCAAGCAGAUCAAGCAAGACGUGGAGGAGCUCUGGAUUGGCCUAAAUGACCUCAAGCUGCAGAUGAACUUCGAGUGGUCGGAUGGGACGCCCGUGAGGUUCACCUACUGGCACCCCUUCGAGCCCAACAACUUCCGUGACAGCCUGGAAGACUGUGUGACCAUCUGGGGACCGGAAGGGAGGUGGAAUGACAGCCCAUGCAACCAGACCCUGCCAUCCAUCUGCAAAAAGCCCGGUCGGGUGAGCCAGGAGAAGGAGGAGGAUGACCAUGGGUGCCGAAAGGGCUGGAAGUGGCACAGCCCCUCCUGCUUCUGGCUGGGCGAGGACCGCGUCCCCUACAGCGACGCCCGCAAGAUGUGCUCCGACUACGGCUCCACGCUGGUCACCAUCACCAACAGGUUCGAGCAGGCCUACGUCAGCAGCCUCAUCUACGGCUGGGACGGGGAGUAUUUUUGGACAGCACUGCAGGAUAUCAACGAGACGGGUGCUUUCCGCUGGCUGAGUGGUGACGAGGUCAUGUACACCCACUGGAACCGCGAUCAGCCCGGUUACAACAAGGGCGGCUGCGUGGCCCUGGCCACUGGCAGCUCCAUGGGGCUAUGGGAGGUGAAGAACUGCAGCACCUUCAAGGCCAAGUACAUCUGCCGGCAGAACCUGGGCACCCCAGUCAACCCCGAGCUGCCCAGUCCCUACCCCACACCCAGCCUUGCUGCCGCCUGCCCCCCGGGAUGGAACUCCGACUCCAAGCUCCGUCACUGCUACAAGGUGUUCAACUUUGAAAAAGUGCAAGAGAAGAAGACGUGGAUUGCGGCGCAGGAGUUUUGCCGGGAGCUGGGGGCCCAGCUGCUCAGCCUGGGCAGCUACGAGGAGGAGCACUUCGUCGCCAACACCCUCAACAAGAUUUUUGGGGAGUCGGAGCCGGAGCUCCACGAGCAGCACUGGUUCUGGAUCGGCCUGAACCGGCGGGACCCCACGGGGGACAGGAGCUGGAGGUGGAGCGAUGGGCUGGGGUUUUUCUACCACAACUUUGACCGCAGUAACUACGAUGACGAUGACAUCCGGACCUGCGCGGUGCUGGACCUGGCCUCCCUGCAGUGGAUGCCGAUGCAGUGCGAAGCCCAGCUGGACUGGAUCUGCAAACUGCCCAAAGGUGCCGACGUGAAGGAGCCGGAGAUCACGACCCAAGGCAGCAAAGAGUGGGUGAAGUACCAGGAGGCCGAGUACAAGUUCUUCGAGCACCACUCGACGUGGGUGCAGGCGCAGCGCAUCUGCAGCUGGUUCCAGGCGGAGCUGGCAUCGGUGCACGGCGAGGCCGAGCUGCGUUUCCUGGGCCAGAACCUGAAGAAGUUCUCCAGGGGCCAGGAGCAGCACUGGUGGAUCGGGCUGCACACCUAUGAGAACGACGGGAGGUUCAAGUGGUCUGACGGGUCCCUCCUCAACUUCGUCUCCUGGGCACCAGGCAAGCCCCGGCCCAUCAACAAGGACAAGAAGUGUGUGUACAUGACGGCCAGCAGAGAGGACUGGGGGGACCAGAAGUGCCUGACAGCGCUGCCCUACAUCUGCAAGCGGAGCAACGGGACAGCCGUGAAGCCUUCCCUCCCACCGCUGCCCGCUCCCGCGAGCGGGGGCUGUCCCCGUGGCUGGUUUCCCUUCCUCAGCAAGUGUUUCAGCUUCAAUGGCCACGACAAAGCUGAGAUAGUAAAGUGGCCAGAGGCAAAGCAGGCAUGCGAGAGGCAGGGUGCCGUCCUGGCCACCAUCGCCAGUCCCCUGGAGCAGGCUUUCAUCACAUCCAUGCUGCCCAACAUCUCCUUCGACCUCUGGAUCGGCCUCCACGAUGCCCAGAGGGAGUUCCAGUGGGUGGAGGGCGAGCCGCUGCGGCACGUGAGCUGGGCGCCUGGCGAGCCCUCGGGCUGCAGCGCCUCCAGCCCCCGCGCCAAGCCGACCAACUGCGUGGUGGUGUGGCACGGCUCGCCCCCCCACUUCACGGGGCGCUGGGACGACCGGAACUGCCUGGAGGAGAAGCACGGCUACAUCUGCCAGCGGAGCAUAGACCCGUCCCUCAGCCCCGCGCGGACGCCGUACCCCCCCUCGCCCACCGGCACCCUCUUUUACCACAACAGCACUUACCGCAUCCUGCAGAAACCCCUCAGGUGGCACGAGGCGCUGCUGCUCUGCGAGACCCUCAACGCCACCCUGGCCACCAUCCCUGACCCCUACAGCCAGGCUUUCCUCACCCAGGCUGUCAGCAGCCUCCGGGCUCCGCUCUGGAUCGGGUUGGCCAACGAUGAGGGAGGCCGAAGCUACUCGUGGCUGACGGAGGAGAACCUCUUCUACGCCAACUGGCAGGACGGGGAGCCCCAGCAAGUUGCCGGCUGCUCCUACAUGGACGCGGACGGGAGCUGGCGCACGGCUGGCUGCGACACCAAGCUGCAGGGGGGCAUCUGCCAGCUCCGAGCAGGUGCCCCCCGCACGCACAAGUGGAGCUACAGCGGCAGCUGCCCCAAGUCGCUGGAGGACUCGGUCUGGAUCCCCUUCCGGGACCACUGCUACACCUUCCACAUGGAGAUCACCCUGGGGCAGAAAGACGCCAUGAGGAGGUGCCAGAAAGUUGGUGGUACAGUGUUGUCCAUCCAGGACGAGAUGGAAAAUGUCUUCGUGUGGGAGCACCUCCAGGCGUACGAGGGCCCGUCCAAGGGUGCCUGGCUGGGCAUGACCUUCAACCCCAAAGGUGGCACCUUGGUUUGGCAUGACAACACUGCCGUGAACUACUCCAACUGGGGCCAGCACGACACGGGGCCCAGCAUGCUCAGCCAGAACAGCUGCUACUGGAUCCAGAGCAGCAACGGCGUGUGGCGCCUGGGCUCCUGCACCAACGUCACCAUGGGGGUCAUCUGCAAGAUCCCUCGAGUGGAGGAGAGCAGCUUUUCCAGGGCAGCUCUGCCAGAGAACACAACGGCCAUCACGGUGGUGGUGCUGUCGACGCUGGCACUGUGCACCAUGCUGGGCAUCGCCGUCUACCUGUACAGGCGUCGGCGGAGCGCGGAGCGGGGUGCCUUCGAGAGCGCCCGGUACAGCCGCACCACCUCCAACCCCAGCGAAUCUGCCGAGAAGAACAUCCUGGUGUCGGACAUGGAGAUGAACGAGCAGCAAGACUAA